GAGUGAACUUCCAAUAGAAUUGUGGUUGGAUCCUUCAGCACAAAAGUAGCCAAUAUGAUUAACUCCACAGAAAGGAACCAAAUGAUGCAAACCAUAUAAUCAAGAUGUACGAAGGUGCAAAAACAAGUAUUGGUAUUGUACCCAACAGUGGUAACUCUAGACCUAUGUGUGAUGGAUGUAGAAGCCGUUGUGUGGACACUUUGGUAGUCAAGACGUCUAGGAAAAACUAUUACUAUCAUGUGUUUCUUCGAUAUAUAUUAUCCAUGGUAGGACUUCUCCAAUGGAAAGAUAGUCUGAAGCAGCGACGGUUAAAGGUGUAUAUGAACAAAUUAGUUUGUAUUUCUAAACUUCGAGAUUUCUAAUGUAUCUGAAUUGUCCCUAUCGCUAUAGCAAGUAGUGUUGAAUUUAAACUUCGGUUUUAAAUUAAGAAAACAUUUAUGGUGGCUUCUAAGGAAUUAGAGCUAAAUCCAUAAUUUACAUAGAACUUUGAAUGAAACUAAGAGAUUUUGCAUGGCCAGUAGUACAACCUCCAAGGAUCUGAUGGUAGUUACCUCUUGAAAGGAACUUCUACUCUUUUUCUGCCAUAUGACUGCGAAAUGUAUCAAUGUUCUUUUCUGAAGUUAAGAAAAUCUCAGCUUCAUUUUGAUGCCUUGAAUCAAUAACUUUCUUUCCAAGUUACAAUGCUCUCUUCCCAUUUUCCGUUUCGGGAGUAUUAAGGAAAUUAUUAAACAAUCUCCUUUUUUCCGAUAAGAAAAAUUUCUAUUUUGUUAACGGAAGAGUUGGAGUCCUUUUCUCUUGUAUUUUCCUUUCUUCUUAGGUUAAGUCUCCUAUAAAUAUGUUUACAUCUAAGAACACGAGAUAUAAACAAAUUUUCUUUCAAAAGAUCUAGGGUUAAAAUUUUAGCAAGAUGAAUUAUGCUAGAUGAACUAGACGGGGCUAUGAUCAUAUCAAAGACUCUAACAAAGACUGACAUUGUUGGUAAUGUGGCAUUACCAAAAGCACAAGUGAUGUCUGUCCUCACAAGGAUGAAUGGUGUCACAGAUGAGGGUUUGGACAACGGUUUUGAAGUGCAAGUCCACGACAUAAUGGAAGACGAUCUAUACACAGUUACCCUGAAAAGAAUUGACGACAUGAAGUAUUAUUUCGGGACUGGUUGGAGUACUAUGAAGCAUUCAUUAGAUCUCGUAGAAGGCGAUGUUCUGAAGCUCUAUUGGGAUCAGUUUGAAAACAAAUUCAUUGUUCUCAAUUUUUAGCAUAAGACUAUGGGAACAAUGAUUCCUGUGUAGCUUGCUUACAUCUAUCUCCCUUUCCGCUUUCCUAUAUUUAAUCGCUUUAGUUACUUAUUCUAGUUUAAGUGUUCGUUUUUUCUUCUUUCUAUUGCCCUAAUUUUUGUUGUAGUUUUAUUUUAACUAAUUUAAUUGGAAUGCCUUGAAUUUCAA